AUGGCUCUUGUCGACGCCCAAGACUCCGGCCCGGCUGCGCUCGAAGGCGACGGCCAGGACGGCAAGGAGCCCCCGAACAAUAAGCCCGUCUCCAAGGACUACGCCAGCCGGCCCGCGCCCGGUUCCCAGCGUGGCCACGUCCCCCUCCCCCCGCCAGAUGCCUCUGCCCUGCCCAAAGAGCCCGGCCGUACCCGCGGCGAUCUGUCCGCCGCAAAGGCCGUCGCGCCCUCGAUGUCCACCGCCAGCUCGUACAAUGCCUCGCUCCAUUCCAUCUCCCCGUCCGAAGACUCGCCCCCUGGCAGCGCCCCCUCCACAAGACCGCCGACGGCGCCACCGAGUCGCGUGGCGAGCCGUGCGCCCAGUAUGUCUGGAGAGCGCCCCGAUGCGAACGGCAUCCACGCUCCCGCCCCCAAGGCCGUCUCGGCUUCCAAGCCCCAUCACAGCGCUGGUCUGCCGCACAAGGUUCCAGCCGCCAUCCAGAAGGCCUUGGGCGCUUCGGCCCCUUCGACUCCCGAACCGGGCGCUAAGAAGCGCCCGCCCUCGGUCAAGUCGGAAAAGGAGGAGGGCGGCUUCUUCCGCAACGCCCUCAACUCGGCCACACCCAAGAUCACCCGCAGGAGCUCCCAGCGGUCUACCGGCGGCAGCAGCAGAAAGAGCGAUUCGGACGGUGGCGCCCGCUCCGUUGCCGGCGAUUCCGUCCAAUCACUCUCAAAGAAGUAUGGGAUCUGCGAACGUGUCGCAAUCGGCAAGGGGGCUACCUCCGUCGUCCGUCUCGCUCACAAAUGGGAUCGCAACGACGAGAAGCUUUAUGCCGUCAAGGAAUUCCGCAAGCGGCGCAAGAACGAGACGGAAAAGGAGUACGUCAAGAAGCUCACCGCCGAGUUCUGCAUCUCGUCAACGCUGCACCACAUCAAUAUCGUCGAGACCGUCGACCUUGUCCAGGACGAAAGCGCAAAGUGGUGCGAAGUCAUGGAGUUCUGCGGUGGCGGCGACCUCUACGCUGCGAUCAAGAAAGGGCACAUGUCCCCCGGCGAAAUCGAGUGCUGCUUCAAGCAGAUCCUCACCGGCGUCAACUACCUUCACUCUCAGGGCGUCGCCCACCGCGACCUCAAGCCGGAGAACAUCUUCUUCAAUUACAACGGGCAUCUCAAGAUCGGCGACUACGGUGCCUCCACCGUGUACCGUCUGCCCUGGGAGGCCACCGUGCACAUGUCCACCGGGCUCUGCGGUAGCGAACCCUACAUCGCGCCAGAACAGUUCCUCGGAAAGCCGUACGACGCACGCCUCGUCGACAUUUGGGCAAUCGGCAUCGUCUACUAUUGUCUGCACUUUCAGGAAUUGCCGUGGCGUGUUGCCCAACCUUCGGACCCCCUCUACCAGGCCUAUGUGAGCGCUUGCGCAAAUCCGGCGCAGACGGCGUGCCCGCCCACGAUCAAUCAUCUCAGUCCGCGUUCAUGUCGGCCGCUCAUCCGGCGUAUGCUCGAGCCGGAUCCGAAGAAACGCGCGCUCAUCGAAGAGUGUCUCCAGCAUCCGUGGACCAAGGAGAUCGUGAUGUGUUACGAGCAGGAGAAGCCCACUCAUAUUCAUGUCAACGCGGAUAGUUUGGCCAAGGAAGUCCCGCACAGAGCCGAGCGCGAGCGCGAAGGCUAG